CUGGAAUAAUCUAUUAAUGGAUGCAUUAAACAGGGUGCAUUGCAUAUCUGCCUACCUUAGGUAGGUACCUAACCUAGUAGAUUGGUGACAUUUCGAAAAAGGUAGACUGUUGGCCGUUACCUACAUACGUAGUUUCAGCGGUUUCCCUCUAACGCCAACAAUCAACGAUCAGCGCGAAGGCGAAGGCCGAUUUCACGAUUUAGCCUGACUCAUCACCCCAGCUCUCGCGCUCGCGCUUAGUGCUUAAUCCUUCGCGACCUCUAGGGCCAUACAUACAUAUAACGGCCCCCAAGCCGCGCUCGUUGGAAGGAUUCGCCUAGUUAUCUGCCUACUAAUAUACUACCCAGGACCUUACCUUGCCUACCAGGUGCCUAUCUCUUUCUCGGAGGCCGACCCUUGGAACCUCCGAUCUAUGUCCCCGACUUAUAACUUGGAACUGCUCGGUACUUGAAUCGAAUCCUUCGCCCUUAUCAACCGACCUCAACUUGAUCUCAACCUCUUCCUUGACCUUGAUUUUAAACAUCGUCAAACGAUUUUUGUACCCAAGCAUCCUAUUUUACUGGUAGAAUUGAAAGCGCUCAACCGCCCAAUAGCAGAUUCCAAAGCACCAAAUUGUCGUGCACAUCCCUACAAGUCUUCCCUCCCCUCCCCUCCCCUAUCUUCACCAAACCACUAUAUACAAAAUGGCGAGUAAACUCAUCAUUUACCGCGGAUUCCCCGUGAAGAACGCCUACGUCUGGUCACCCUUCGUAGGCAAGCUCGAGACUCGCCUGCGCUUCGCCGGGCUCCCGUACCAGAUUGAGCAGGGCUCGCUAGGCCAGGCACCCCGCGGCAAAAUCCCCUACGUCAGCCUUCCGGGGAGCACAGAGCUUAUCAGCGACAGCGCCUUCAUCAUCCGCAAGCUCGCCCAAGACGGACAAGUACCGGACCUUAACGCCAAGCUAACGCCGGUCCAGCGCGCUCAGGACCUGGCUCUGCGCAGCUUGUUCGAGGACAAAGUCUACUUCAUUCAGACUCACGAGAGAUGGAAUGAUAACUAUGUCACGAUGCGCUCGACCGUCAUGGCCGCCAUCCCCUACCCAAUCCAGGUGCUCGUCGGCCUGCUGGCCCACAAAGGCGUGAUGCGAACCCUCCAUGGACAGGGUACUGCGCGCUGGACCCCCGAGGAGCGGCUAGCCAUCCAGCAGGAAGCCUGGCAAGCGGCCGAUGACAUACUAUCUGAGGCACGAACCAAGGCAGCCACCGACAGCAAAAAACCGUUCUGGGUCUUCGGCGGCCCUGAACCCACAGAGGCAGACGCUACGCUCUACGGAUUUGUAGCCUCUGGUCUCGUUUGCGAAGCUGCGCCGGAAACACAGAAGAGCGUCCGCAGCCAUCCCGUCAUCUUGGAUUGGGCUGCCAGGAUCCACGACCAGUACUUCCCAGACUACGAGAAAUGGUCCGAGUAAAUGGGGGUACCUACCUACUAUCGCUGACGACAACUUAUUAGAAGAUACAAGUGGCUGGUUGGGUAGAGUCGCUAGUUUCAGGGAAAGAAAUGAAGCCACCGAUACCUACCUGCCUACAAUACUACCUAGGAGACAUUGCCCCCCGAGAGGGUUUCGACCCCUCGACUACAAAAUUCUCCAAAUCGUUAGUAUUACGUU